AUGGAAGUCGACUCGCUAAAUGGAAGCAAGUACUUGCUACUGAUCGUCGAUGAAGGUAGCGGAUGUUUGAAGGAUUUCAGUCUGCGCGCCAAGUCCGACAGCGAAGAGUGCAUCAAGAAGUACAUCAUGGCAGUGUUGACGGUCAUCGGUUUUCUACCAGUAUUGGUAACCGUGACCGAUCCAAUCCGAACCGCCUGUUCAGCUUAG